CCAAAAUUAGACUGAAAAUGUUAAGUUUCACUGGAUGGCCAAUUUUCAUAGUGUUUUUCGAACAACAUUACUAUUACUAACUACAAAACUGAACAACGUACAAUUUCACAGUUAUAGACUAUAUGGAACUUAUAAAAACUGGUCCCAAAAAUUUCAUGCGGUCUUGAAUUCACCGCAAUAUAAUGUAUAUUGUAUUGGUGAACUACUUCAUGUGAUUCAAAUGAAACAUUUGUACCCAGACUCUAAAAGAUUUGUUGAUAAAAAAUUACGUGUUCCACCACAACAAGUACUAAAUAAUUUUGCAUUAUUAAAACGUAUUAAACCACAUUUACCCGAAUCGUCUUUAUCGAAAUUUUUACUGAAAAAUUUUGAAGAUGAACACAGUUUACAACAGUAUACGCCAACCGAUUGGGCACCAUAUCCAGAAUUGUUGACGAAAAUUAAAGAUCGAAAAUUACGUAAAUUUGCAUUAGAAUUGCAUGCAUUAUGGAAUGUAUUAAGUCGACGUAUUUAUGAGGAUUGUAUGAUCAAUGCAGAUAAAUAUAGUUUAUUGUACGUUCCAAAACCAUUUGUUAUACCUGGUGGACGAUUUCGUGAAUAUUAUUACUGGGAUUCAUAUUGGAUCAUUCGUGGACUCUUAAUCUGUGAUAUGUAUGAAAGUGCCAAACAUAUGAUUGAAAAUUAUUUGUACUUAGUUGAAAAAUAUGGUCUGAUACCAAAUGGUGGACGCUUAUAUUAUGUAGACCGAUCUCAACCCCCAUUACUAGCAAAAAUGUUUGAUACUUACAUGGACUUCACAAACGAUGAACCAUUUUUAAAUGAAGCUCUACCGAAAAUUGAAGAAGAAUUUAAUUUUUGGGAUAAUACUCGAAGUGUAAGCGUACAAAAAGAUUCGAAAAUACAUAUGAUGUAUCAUUACGAUUCAUUUCAAUUUACACCACGACCAGAAUCAUAUCGUGAAGAUUUUCGGUGUUCAUUAGCGUUGCCAAAAGAUGCACGGCCGUUAUUCUAUAAUGAAGUUCGUGCAGCUGCUGAAUCUGGUAUUGAUUUUAGUUCUCGAUGGUGGGUACCUGACUGGGAACUACGACCAGAUUUUACAAAUAUACGUGCUACCCAUAUCAUUCCCGUUGAUUUGAAUUCAAUUCUGGAAAAUAAUGCACGUAUUUUGGCAAAAUCAUUUGAAAGAAUUGGUAAUGAUAAAAAAGCGAAAUUAUACAAAGCAAAAGCUGAUCAAAUUAAAACUGCAAUCGAUCAAGUUUUGUGGAAUGAUGAUGUUGGCAUUUGGUGUGAUUAUGACUAUAUUAAUCAGGUUUCACGAACGAGAUUUUAUCCAUCAAAUUUGACACCAUUAUGGACACAAAGUUAUCCAUUUGAAAAUCAAAAGUAUAUAGAGAAGGCAGUGAAAUAUUUAAAAAAUAAGGAUAUAAUUAACAUUUAUGUGGGCGGUGUACCAUCCAGUUUAAAGCGAACAGGAGAACAAUGGGACUUACCAAAUGCAUGGGCACCACAUCAAGAUAUCGUUAUUAAAGGUUUAUCCUAUUCAAAUAAUGACGAAGCACAAAAAUUGGCUCAAUUGUUAGCUGAACGUUGGGUACGCCAUAAUUAUAUUUUAUAUAAAGAAAGUCGUUCCAUGUUUGAAAAGUAUAGUGCGAUGGCUCCUGGAAUGGGUGAAGGUGGUGAAUAUGAAAUACAAACAGGAUUUGGAUGGACAAAUGGUGUUAUCAUUGAUCUUAUAACCUCGUUUAAUAUUCGUUUAGAUGUAGAACAAUAUAUUUAA